AUGUCGGCAACCAAGACCUUCACCUACUCCGAUGUCUCCGAGCACACCACCAAGAAGGACCUCUACAUGGUCAUCCACGACAAGGUCUACGACACCUCCAGCUUCGUCGACGAGCACCCUGGUGGUGAGGAGGUCCUCCUCGACGUCGGUGGCCAGGACGCCACCGAGGCCUUCGAGGACGUCGGCCACAGCGACGAGGCGCGCGAGAUCCUCGAGCGUCUGCUCGUCGGCGACCUGAAGCGAUUGGACUCCGACCCCAAGCCCAAAGCCGCCGUCGCCACCUCGUCCAGCUCCCUCAAGCCCGCCGCCAGCGGCGGCCUCGGCUUCGGCACCAUCCUCUUCGUCGGCAUGGUCGCCGUCGGCGCCUACAUGGCCUACCAGUCGUUGAACCAGGACUCCACCAAGGCAUAA